AUGCACCAGUAUGCCUUGGGCGGUUUGUUGUGCUCCCAAAGUCACGACGUGCCUCUCCCCUUCCUGCAGCCAGAACUUUCCUGCGUGCACGCAGAGCUAGCUGUGGGAGAGCUACACAUGCUUCUUGGUGGGCGCACCUCAAAGAGGGGCCCACGAAAAGAAUUCGAGAUGCAGCGCCUUUGUACGCCACCAGAGUGGGCGGCGGAGCGGUCACGGGAGGCGCCGCGGGAGCGGGACCGGGGACCGCCGGUCUCGGACAUCUUGGACUUUGUGAAAACCGUCCUGCAGUUCAACAAGCUCCAGAGGGUGGACAUCGGAGGCACCAAGGGCAAGGUGCUCUCUGCCUCCGUGCGAAAGGUGCAUGAGGAAUUUGAGAAGGCCGUUGGAGAUUUUCGUCAGGUCCCCUACGACAUCUUCGAUGUCAAGGAGACGGACUUCAUACGGGACUUCCACGCCUUCCGGCUCACCAUCCGUGAUCUGGACCGGCGCCUGGGCAGCGUCCUGGCCAGCGCCUUCCAGGAUCAGGACACCCUGCACGGUCGAGCGAAGCUCCUGGAUGCCUUCGAGGGGCUGCUGGAGCGGCCGGUCUUGCAGGCAGAGCUCGUGCGGAAGCAGCAGGUCUUGAUUGGCCAGUACCAGAGGGAUGUGGAGGAGUUGGAGGCCAGCUUCGUGGCCAAUGUGGAGCGUGUGGAAGGCUGCGAACCAGAUGCGCCGCUCUUCUACAACUUGCCACCAGUGGCCGGGGCUUUGUCGUGGGCACGCAGCCUUCGGAUGCGCCUUCAGGACCCUAUGCCCAAGAUCGUGGCAUGCAACGAGCUCUUGCCCCGUGGUGAGGUUCCUUCGAGCUUCAAAGAGCUGGAAGCCUUGCACUCCAGGACCUUACAGACAUUGGAUUCCUUCGAAACGCGGCGUUACUCCGACUGGAAGGGUGAAGUGGCGGAGGCCGCCAAGCGGCUGCACCUCCGCUUGCUCCGCAGACACGACAGGACCGGGCUGUUGAAGGUGAACUUCGACCCUGCCCUAGUCCGCUUGUUGCGGGAGGUCCGGUUCUUCUUGAUUUUCGGCCUGGAGGUGCCGGAAGAGGCCCUGACCAUCUACAGCAUGGUGGACAUCUACCGGAGGUGGACAAGCCAGCUCGACCACAUCGUGGAGCUCUACAACUCGGUGCUGACGGACCUUUUGCCCGUGGAGGAGCCAUUGUUGGAGGACCGGAUCGUGAAGAUGGACAACGCCUUGGCUCCGGGCCUCACGGAGCUGAAGUGGUCCCGCGAGGCCGAGGUUCCCGACUUCAUCGCCGUGGCCAUGAAGGUGGUGAGCGACGUCUCGGCCAUCGUCGACAUCAUGAAGGGCAAUCUACGCAAGAUCUCGGGCAUCCUGUCCCAAUGGUGCAAGGAGUCCAUGCUAGAGAGGAAGCGUGGGGCGAAGCCGGUGUCCGUGGAGGAAUUCGAGCAGAACCACAAAGCCCGGGUGGGAGUCCGGCUGAUGAACAUGACAGAUGGUGGCAAGGAGAUCCACCGUUAUGUGAAAGACUCCAGCGAAUCCUUGAAGAUCUCCAAGUCCGCCCAGACCUGGAAGGCCUACGUGGAUUUUGUGAACAACGUCGUCAUCGAGGGCUUUGUCUCUGCCAUCGCCGUCUCCCUUCAGUACCUCUGUGAGAUCUUGGAUCCCUUGAUCAUCACCCGGCACGAGAUGCUGCCCCUUUUCGAUGUGAAAAUCGAACUGCAGGGCGAAGAGAUCGUGUUCGAUCCACCCUUCGAGGACGAGGAUCUUCCCGGGCGCACGACGCUUCGGAGCACCAUCGACGGCUGGCUGAAGGACUUCUUCGCCAUGGCCACCGUCAUGGUCCGCCUGGACUCCAACAUGGGCGACUACCUGAACGAGAUCAAGGAGCACUUCCAGAUGCAGUGCCUGCUCUCCAUGGUCUCCGAGCUGAUUGACAACACGGAGACCAAGUGCUUGGAGUACCGGGAGAACUUCAUGACACACUCCUUCCUUUGGACCGACAGC